AUGAAUGACCAAAGGUUUGCUAGUCCAGAACUUAAGUUGGGCCAAAUGUUUGAUGCUCUAAAUGAGAGGGAAAAGGGUAAACUCCCUAGUCAACCUCAGCAAAAUCCGAAAGGAACAUUUCAGGCAAGUACAUCUAAUUGUAAUGAGACUGCACAUGCUGUCACCACUCUUCGUAGUGGUAAAAUUGUUUAUAACAAUGUAGGCGUACCACAGACUAGUGAUUCCGAGUCAGACUCAUCAUUGCAUCCAACGCCACAGAAAACAUCCAUUGUAGAAAAUGACUCCGAGCAUGUUUGUAAAUCUAAAAAUUCUACUGAUGUUAAUGUUUCUUUGCCAGCUAAUGUUCAUGUUGCUCCAUUUCCUCAAAGGUUGGUGCAGCAUAAGAAAGGUACCCAUUACAAUGAGAUGUUAGAGAUGUUCAAACGAGUUAACAUCAACAUCCCAUUUCUUGAAGCAAUAAAACAAAUCCCUGCUUACGCUAAGUUCUUGAAAGAUCCGUGCACACAAAAGCGAAAGCUUAAUGUGCAUAAGCAUGCCUUUCUUGCUGAACAGGCGAGCUCUAUCAUUCAAAAUAAGACUCCACCUAAGUUUAGAGACCCAGGUUGUCCCACAGUCACAUGCAUGAUAGGUGACCAUACGGUCAAUAAGGCGUUACUGGACUUAGGGGCAAGUGUUAACCUACUGCCAUAUUCGGUGUAUGUGCAGUUGGGUCUUGGAGAGUUAAAACCAACACCUAUAACUCUGCAAUUGGCAGACAGAUCCGUCAAAGUGCCACAUGAUACUCAGCCUGUGCAUAACCCAGUCUCUCACAUUCCUGUCAUUUUAGGACGUCCCUUCUUAGCGACGUCCAAUGCAAUCAUUAACUGUCGUAAUGGAGUGUUGAAAUUAUCGUUUGGUAACAUGAUUGUGGAGUUGAAUGUUUUUAAUGCUAGCCAGCAACAUUUAGAUCUUGAUGAUGAUAAUGAUGUGCAUGAAAUCAACAUGAUUGAAAGCUUGAUUUAG